GCCUCCAGUGGGCACGGCCUCUUCCGGCUCUCCACAAUGGAAGUGAAGUUUGUCCACAUGGCUCUGCUUUUCUUCUUCCUCCUCUCAGUUGCCAUGACCGCUUGCUUCUUCUGGCAGUACAGCCUUCCCAAAGCGGAACCUAGCCCCUCGGUAAUGGAAGUAAGGUCAGAUGCAGUCCAGAUGUGUCCCCGUUACCCAGAUCCUGUGCCUCUGGAUCACCCUAUCCCGGUCUUGAAGGAUGCUCUUGAAAAGGUGGACACGCUCCUUCGCCUCAAAAUUCACAGCCCCGGUCUCCCGGCUCUGUCAGCCAUCGUCAUCUACAAUGACACAGUACUGUGGACUGGAAACUUUGGAAAAAGGAAUGGCUCAGACCCCUUCUCUGGCAUUCCCAAUGAAUAUACUGUUUACAGGAUCGCCAGCAUCUCCAAGAUCUUUCCCACCAUGAUGCUGUACAAGCUAUGGGAGGAAGGCAAAGUGACGUCGCUUGAUGACCCCCUAGAACGUUAUGCCCAGAGCUUCACGAUUAAGAACCCCUUGGGGCACCUGAAGGAUUCCGAGCAGCGAUAUUCAGCGGACGGGCUGAUCUUCCUCGAGAAGGGCUCGCUGCCCCUCAAGCCCUCUCCAGUGACACUGCGAAGAAUGGCCAGCCAGCUGUCAGGACUGCCAAGGCGGCUUCGUUCCACCAGCCUGUUGUGGAAAGGGACGACCCAAGAUGCUCUGACACUCCUGAAAGAUGACGUCUUGGUAGCAGACCCAGGAACCAGGUGCCAUUACAGCAACCUGGCAUUCUCAUUAAUGGCUCAUGUCUUAGCGGAACAUGCUGCCAAAGGUGAGUACCAGCGCUGGAUCUCUGAGAAUAUCCUUGACCGCUUGGGUAUGGAGGACACUGGGUUUGACAUUACACCUCCCAUCCGUUCCCAGAUGGCUGUUGGUUUCUACAGCAGCGGGCAGCCUGCUCCUCUGUACGACCUAGGCUGGUACAGGCCUUCUGGCCAGAUGUUCUCCACACCUGCUGACCUUGCCAAGCUAGCCAUGGUCUUCUUGGGCACCUAUCACCGACGUCUUCUGGAACCAGACACUGUAAAGACCAUGCUGACACCCCUCUUCAAAUGCUCCAGUGAAUAUUUUGCCAACAAGACCGGCACACCAUGGGAGAUCAACGAGCAGAUGGGCUAUGAUAUUAUCAGGAAGGACGGUGACCUGGACGGCUACUCAGCCACUUUUUCUCUGAUCCCCAAGCUCCGCUUGAGUCUCAUAGUGCUGAUGGCUGGACCUCGUCCUCAGGGGAAAGAUAUUAUAGCACAGUCAUAUGAGUACCUGAUCCCAGCCAUGGAGACCGCAUUCCGUGAAGCGGAGAAGAGCCUCAAUGCCCCUCCGAGUCCCACCCCUUAUGUUGGCUACUACACCUACUCAAACCUGACUUUUUAUGAAAUAAAGGUUGGGGCUAAUGGGAUACUGGUCAUGCAGCAGUUCGGUCCGCAUAUCGAGGAACUGAUCCCUGAGAAUUACCGGACUAUCAAAUUGCAUCAUCUCGAGGACCGGGUCUUCCAGGUGGUGUUUGACAAGGAAUUCCCAUGCACCUUGCAUUUAGGAUCCGCCUCGGUUUCCCUGGAGACCCAAGAAGGCCAGCUUUUUAAUUUCUACCCUUUUGAGCGCAAGGGAUUGUCCCCUGGAUUUGAUGCUCCGGGGCUGAACACAUACAAUGUCCUGCGCAUUCAGCGCAAACCAGUGUUCUAUAGCUAA